UCCCACCAACAAAGAUGGCGGAGUACGACCUCACCACUAAAAUAGCCCACUUUUUAGACCGUCAUCUCGUUUUUCCUCUGCUGGAGUUCCUGUCUGUCAAAGAGAUCUACAAUGAGAAGGAGCUGCUUCAAGGAAAACUGGACCUCCUCAGUGACACAAACAUGGUGGACUUCGCCAUGGAUGUGUACAGAAGUCUUAAUUUGGACAAGGAGAUUCCCCCGACUCUGAGAGAGAAGAGGACUGAGGUUGUGGCUCAGCUAAAGCAGCUGCAGUCAGAGACCGAACCCAUUGUGAAGAUGUUUGAGGACUCUGAGACAACAAGACAGAUGCAGUCCACCAGAGAUGGACGAAUGCUCUUUGACUAUUUGGCAGAGAAGCACAACUUUCGCCAGGAGUACCUGGACACGCUGUACCGAUACGCCAAGUUCCAGUAUGAGUGUGGAAACUACUCUGGUGCUGCAGAAUACCUCUACUUCUUCAGAGUCUUGGUCCCGUCUACAGACAGGAAUGCCCUGAACUCGCUGUGGGGGAAGCUGGCCUCUGAGAUCCUGAUGCAGAACUGGGAGGCAGCCAUGGAGGACCUCACGCGCCUCAGAGAGACUAUUGAUAACAACUCUGUCAGCUCUCCUCUCCAGUCCCUCCAGCAGAGGACAUGGCUCAUUCACUGGUCUCUCUUCGUCUUCUUUAACCACCCCAAGGGAAGAGACAACAUCAUUGAGCUCUUUCUGUAUCAGCCACAAUACCUCAAUGCAAUCCAGACCAUGUGCCCCCACAUCUUGCGUUACCUAACCACAGCAGUCAUCACGAACAAGGAUGUCCGUAAGCGUCGGCAGGUUCUGAAGGAUUUGGUGAAGGUCAUACAGCAGGAGUCUUACACCUACAAAGAUCCAAUUACAGAGUUUGUGGAGUGCCUCUAUGUGAACUUUGACUUUGACAGCGCCCAGAGGAAACUCAGGGAGUGUGAGUCGGUUCUAGUGAAUGACUUUUUCCUGGUUGCUUGCCUGGAGGACUUCAUUGAGAACGCACGACUCUUCAUCUUUGAGACCUUCUGCCGAAUUCACCAGUGCAUCAGCAUCAACAUGCUGGCAGACAAACUCAACAUGAGUCCCGAGGAAGCUGAGAGAUGGAUCGUCAACCUCAUCCGCAACGCCAGGCUGGAUGCCAAGAUAGACUCCAAACUGGGCCACGUCGUCAUGGGGAACAACGCCAUAUCGCCGUACCAGCAGGUGAUCGAGAAGACCAAGAGCCUCUCCUUCCGCAGCCAAAUGCUGGCCAUGAAUAUCGAGAAGAAGCAGGCGGCUCUGGGCCGGGACGAGACUCCAAAUUGGGCCGGUCAGGAUUCUGGAUUUUAACCGCGCAACGAAGAUUGAUCAUCCUCACCGUGUUGCAUCUUUUUUUUUCACAAUCUUCUGUCAAGGAGCAACGGUGCCGUUUGGCACUCGGUUCAAGUCAUCACCAGUUCAAUAAAAGUGGCCAACAAAACCA